GAUCAAUAAAGCAUGCUGGUGGCGAAAUUCAGUGUCUUGGAAUCACGAGUCAAAGGAUUGACAGGGUUGUUGUUUUAGUGCCGAUCUACUACAAAACACCAUCGAUGGAUCCCGUAACCAUCGCCGCAGCAGUCGCUGGGAGCACGACGGCCUUAGCCUACGCCAAUGCAAAAUGGCGUCUUGUCUCAGAUUUACAGGGUUUAUAUCGUUUGAAGAAAGGCGAACGAAUCACUGCUAAAGCGGUCAGUGAUGGACGUAUCAACGCCUUCUUUCUAUUCGAGGAGAGCGCCAACAAAUACCCGGACGUGCAAGCAAUUUGGUCCCGCGAACGUUCGUAUACGUAUCGAGAAUCACUUGAAAUAACGUCGCAGUUUGCACACUACUUUCUCUCGCUCGGUGUUAAACCUGGCCAGUUGGUAGCUAUGUACAUGACGAACAGUCCCGAAUUUCUAUUCGUUUGGUUAGCCCUAUUAAGUAUAGGCUGUGCUCCUGCAACAAUCAAUUAUAAUCUCAAUGGAGAAUCGCUCAUUCACUGCUUGAAAGUUCCUGAAGCGAAGAUCAUGAUUGUUGAUGACUACGACGACGGAUGCCAGCAGAGAAUCGAAGAGAGCCGAUCCGUCAUAGAGGGGGAAUUAGGGCUGACGAUUCUACCUCUCAGAGAGACCCUGAAAUUGAUUUCAGAGUUUCCCAGAACAGUUCCAGAUGUGAAGUAUCGACUCAACACCCCCAAUAGCUUCCCCGUUAGCCUGAUUUAUACAUCAGGCACGACAGGCUUGCCGAAAGGAUGUGCGUAUACGAUGGAGCGAUUCUAUUUCGGUGCUCAUACCCGUAUGGGCACGAAAGAUACCUCAGAUGGGGUUAGAUGGUACAACUGCAUGCCGCUGUAUCAUGGAACUGGCGCCAUCGUGACCAUGUCAAUGUUGGUCUGCGGUGUACCUGUUGCUAUCGGAAAGAAAUUCAGCGCAAGCAACUUCUGGAAAGAGAUUCGGGACUCUGAGUCUACCUGGUUCAUCUACGUCGGCGAGACGGUGCGUUAUCUGCUCAACAACCCUCCAUCAAGCAGUGACAAGGACCACAAGGUUGUCGGCAUGUACGGCAACGGCUUGCGUCCAGAUAUUUGGGAACGUUUUAGAGAGCGCUUUGGUGUCCAGGAUGUUAUGGAGUUUUUCAACAGUACUGAGGGAAUGCUUACCCUCCUCAACUAUAACAGAGGUCCCUAUACUGCGGGUGCUGUCGGUCACCAUGGUCUCCUUUUACGUCUCGCUCUCCGCAAGCUAUACGUACCAGUCGCCAUUGACCAUGAAACGGGCGAUAUCUGGCGAGACCCUAAAACCGGUUUCGCCAAGCGUCAAGCAUUCGAAGAUGGGGGAGAAAUCCUUGUCACCAUUCCAGAAAAAGCGGCGUUUCAAGGAUAUUGGGGAAAUAACAAAGCCACAGACAAGAAAUAUGCGCUAGACGUCUUCAAAAAGGGUGACAUUUACUAUCGAUCUGGUGAUGCGCUGCGUCGCUUGCCCGAUGGACGGUGGUACUUCAUGGACCGCCUUGGAGACACAUACCGGUGGAAGAGUGAGAAUGUAGCCACGGCUGAAGUUUCUGAGAUUCUAGGCCAAUUCCCUGGCCUUGCCGAGGCGAAUGUGUACGGAGUACUUGUCCCCAAUCACGAAGGUCGGGCUGGCUGCGCAGCAAUACAGCUCUCUGAUGAGAGUAACUUUGACUGGGCAGAAUUCGCUCGGUUUGCCCGUUCAAAAUUGCCGCGGUAUGCAGUGCCGGUCUUUUUGAGAGUGGUUAAAGCAUCGUCUCAUAUCCAUAACAAUAAGCAAAACAAAGUACCUCUGCGAGAAGAAGGUGUGGAUCCAGCAAAAAAGGGCUCCAAGGAGCCGGCCGGGAAAGACGACAGGAUUUUGUGGUUGGCUCCGGGAGCCGACUCGAGGUAUGUAGACUUUGGACCUAAAGAAUGGGAGCAGCUUGUUUCCAAGCAGGCUAGGUUAUAGGGUUCCUUAUGGCUUUAGAGCUGUAUAUAUACGGCAUUUGUGUAUAUGUAUAACUAGCACUGAAGAUGCUAGACAAUGGAA